AUGGACCUGCCGCCGAGCAAGGAGGCCGCCAUUGAACAAGGUAAACUCUUCAUCACUGAGGAGGACUGCUACCACGAGCUUGGAUUCAGCUAUCCCACUUGGAAAAAGUGGACCAUCCUUACGGUGAUAUUCUUGGUGCAAGUCAGCAUGAAUUUUAAUACGUCGCUUUUCAGUAACGGCUUGGAUGGGAUCUCUGCGGAGUUUAACGUCAGCUUGCAAGCUGCACGCUGUGGUGCCAUGAUUUUCCUUGUCCUAUACGCCUUUGGAUGUGAGCUGUGGGCUCCCUGGAGUGAAGAACUCGGACGCUGGCCCAUCCUCCAGCUGUCCCUGCUCCUCGUGAACAUCUGGCAGCUUCCCGUCGCGCUCGCUCCCAACUUUACCUCGGUCAUGGUUGGCCGUGCGCUUGGCGGCCUUUCGUCUGCCGGAGGAUCAGUCACCCUCGGCAUGAUUGCUGACAUGUGGGAGCCCGACGUGCAGCAGUACGCCGUCGCUUAUGUCGUCUUCAGCAGUGUUGGUGGAUCGGUCCUCGGCCCCAUCGUCGGAGGCUUCGUCCAGGCCAAUCUUCACUGGCGAUGGACUAUCUGGAUCCAACUGAUUUUCGGCGUCUUCGUCCAGGCUCUGCACUUUUUCUUUGUCCCAGAGACGCGUACCACCAUCAUUAUGGACCGCAUCGCCAAGAGACGCAGAAAAAAUGGCGAAGAAAUUUAUGGUCCGAACGAGCUCGUUCCUCUGAGGGAAAGGCUUGAUCCAAAAGAGAUUUUGCGCACUUUUGCCCGACCAUUCAUCAUGUUCGUCCGAGAACCCAUUGUUUUGACGUUGAGUCUGCUCUCGGGCUUUAGUGAUGCCCUCAUAUUUUUGUUCAUUCAGUCCUUCGCCUUAGUCUACAAACAAUGGAACUUUGGUCCAGUCGAAAUUGGCCUUGCUUUCAUUCCAAUUGGCAUCGGGUACCUCCUCGCAUACCUUUCGUUCAUCCCUGCCAUUAAGAGAAACAUUGCAGAGCGUAAAGCCAAACCGGAUGAUGAACGUGCUCAGUAUGAGAGCCGCCUCUGGUGGUUGCUCUUCACUGCGCCCUGCCUUCCAAUCGGCCUCGCCAUUUUCGCUGGCACUUGUGGUGGUCCUCCUGUUCACUGGAUCGGGUCUAUGAUCGCUGCUGCUAUCAUCGGGAUUGCCAAUUAUUCGAUUUAUAUGGCCACCAUUGAUUUCAUGCUCUGCGCGUACGGUCCUUACAGUAGUUCCGCCACGGGAGGCAACGGUUGGUCUCGUGACUUCCUCGCUGGCGUGCUCACCAUUCCCGCCACGCCAUUCUUUGAAAAUACCGGUGAAAGACCUCUUCAAUAUGCAUCUACCAUCCUUUGCCUCAUUUCCCUGCUCCUGGUCGUGGCAGUCUACGUCAUCUACUGGAAAGGCCCUGCGCUGCGCAAGCGCUCUCCAUUUGCGCAGAAUCUUGCCUUGGGGCGCGCGCCCGAGAAGCAAAGUAAUGAAAAGGGCCACGCUGGCACCAAGCUGCCGACCAACUCUCGCAGGAGCUCUUGUGCACGCUCUGAUCAGGAAUCCCGUGUGCGCCCCGGUAUCGCGUCUCGACAGCAGAGCUUUGCUGCCAGCAGGGUCAGCAGCAGGGCGCUGAGUAGGCGCAACAGCGAAGAGGCCUGA